CCUACCAGAGCACAAGGCUCACUACCAAGACCAAGCAAGAGACAGCAGUGGCCGUGCGGAAACCGUCUGUGCAGGAUAACCGAUAGAUCCAGCCAUCCACUUUUUUGAUGCAAACGCACAACUCCCGUGAUCUUCGUGUAUAAUUUUUUUUUUACGAAAUCAUUUUUUGUUGUUCAUCUGAUUUCAUCUGAAUUGCGAGAAUUUAAUUGAACACCAACACGACAUGGGGAUACGACUUUUGGCCACAUUCACAUUGGUGGUGUUAUUCGCCUCACCGCCUAUUGGAGCGACUGGAGGUUGGAAUGAUCCAACCAGCGACCAAUAUCACAUCCAGACUGAUGAGGGUCCAGAACGGUACUUCAGGUAUCAGACUGAGAGUGGACAGUACAGGAAGGAAAAGCGUUUGGAGGAUGGCACAGUUGUAGGAUCUUACGGAUGGAUAGACUCCGACGGUUUCCUGAGGCUCCGAGAUUAUAUCGCCGACAAUGCCGGUUAUCGAAUUUUGCGAACGAAAAACGUUUACGUCGGUCGUAACAGACCGAUAUCACAAGCCAUCAAAGCUGCCAAGAAAGUUCCUUCGUCUGCCGGGGUCCUUACUAAUACUAAAACGACCAAUUACGUACCCCCAACAACGAAUCAACUUGUUAGUACUACCACUCAGUCACCUCCUACUGUUAGCUCAACCCCUGCUACCAAUUUGUACACACCCUCAUCCACGCCAUACCCUGCUGAUGUUUACACACCUUCUUCUACUCCAGCUCCUGCUUUGUAUAUCCCUCCAAGCACUCCUGCUGUUAACGAACAAACACAGUACACGGCUUCUCCAACUCCGAAAACCCCUACAAUCAACCCUUACGAAUCCAUACCAAGCACCUAUCUUUCAACACCAUCUCCAUUUACUCCUCCAGUAACUGAAACCAAUUACAUACCAUCCACGCAAUCGCCACCGACCAUCUACAUCACAAGCAAACCACAAUUCAAUACCCAACCAACAAUCGCUCCGGCCAUAAACUCGAACUCUUUAGAUUAUUCACCUCAAUACGAGCAUUACGAUCAAAACCCAUACAUUCACCAUAAUGGACCCACUUAUCCGAUCGAUCGUCACGGCAACACUUACCAUGGUUUGAAUCAGAUUGGCAAUGGUUACGACCCGCAGUACCCGAGUUACGACGGCGUCUCCGUCACAAACGACGGUUUCCGCUAUUACAUCCCAAGGGCUUACCACGAAGAACAAAACGUCGGAGAGGACAAUAAGGCCGGUAGCUUUGGGUACAUAGAUCCAUUUGGUAUUAGAAGGGUCAUCUAUUACAAUGCAGGCGCCAACGGAUUCCAGCACAGGAAGAACAAUAGAUACGUGGGUUUCGAUGCGACACCUUACGAUCCAAGGCCGUACAGCAAAUAAAUCUAGAAUGGAUUA